CUCCCGUCCGGGCCGCUCUCCAGGGCGUCUGUAAACACACCCCGAGACUGUCAUGGAGGGGGAGGAGGAGGCGGCGGCGAAGGGAGGCGCUUUGGGCCGCCUCCAGGGUCCGCUCUGCCAUUCCUGAACUGGUCCCUCGUCCCCGUGACUGUGGCAUCAGGGAAACGAACUGUUAGGCGAGAGGAGGCGGCAGUCAGAACCAUACCCCCUUCUUCCCCCGGGGCGGGGGCCGGGCCGGGCCAGGCCGGCUGAGCCGGGGGAGGGCAGGGGGAGGGAGCGCCCGGCCAGGCCGGCCUGUCUGCCGAGAUGGAUGACAGUAAGGUGGUUGGAGGCAAGGUAAAGAAGCCUGGUAAACGUGGUCGGAAGCCAGCCAAAAUCGACUUAAAAGCAAAACUUGAGAGGAGCAGGCAAAGUGCAAGAGAAUGCCGGGCUAGAAAAAAAUUGAGAUAUCAGUAUUUGGAAGAGUUGGUAUCCAGUCGGGAAAGAGCCAUAUGUGCCCUCAGAGAGGAACUGGAAAUGUACAAACAGUGGUGCAUGGCAAUGGACCAAGGAAAAAUCCCUUCUGAAAUAAAGGCCCUACUCACUGGAGAAGAGCAGAGCAAAUCUCAGCAGAACUCAGGCAGGCACAUGAAAGCUGGAAAAACAGACGCUAAUAGCAAUUCCUGGUGAAGAUCAGAUAAAAUGAUGAGUCAGGAGUUGAAGCCAAUAUUCUGAUUCCUAUGGAGGAUGAAUGGGCAAGAUUGUAUUGAUUGACUCCAUUUACUACCUACUGCUCAGUAGUCAUCUCUGUCAAUCUGCAGUUUCUACCAAAUGUGUGACCAUAGAUCUCAAAGGAUUUUGCUUUAACUUUCAACACAUAGAAAAUUUGCAAGCAUUCAGACCUGUUCUAGUUGUUAUUGCUGCCCAUGGCAUUUAACAUGUUGCAAUGCUUGAAAACACAGGAGUAGCGAAAAAUGGUGAAGAUUGUAUUUUUGCACCUUAACUCCACAUUGCUUUAUUGGUUAAUUUAUAUUCUUUUCAUGUAAUUCAUAUAGUUGUGUGUGUGUGUGUGUGUGUGUUUAGAUGUCACCUCUUUUCUUGUCUUUAGUUGCCCUACAAAGAGAAACCAAAUGGGCUUAUUACUGACUGUAAUUUCUCAGUCUUUAUGGACCUAAUCUUACCUUUACAUUUACUUGAGCAAUGUUUAUUUUCUGCAUGAACCAUGAUUUCUCCUGUGAGCCAUUCCAGCAUAAGCUGUGAAUAUAUAUUAACAAAUAUAUACAUUUCUAUUUUUAUAAUCCAUACUGAUAAUGCCUGUUUUAAAAAAUGUACAUGUUAACAAAAUCCAUCAGAAAAACCCUCAAGACAGCCUCUUAUUUAAAACAUUUGUUGCUGUCUUCUCAAACUAUAUUUAUAAAAGUUUGCUAGGACCUACUCCAUACUUGGAAAAGAGUCAAAUUUUAUUUUUAAGGAAGAAGUAACUUUUUAGGCAUUUCAGCAGCAUAUGUCAUCUUGACAGCCCAGAGUGUGUCUGUAUGUAUGUGUUCUAUUUGUAUGUCUCUACAUGUAUGUGGCGAGGGCAGGAGUGAAUGUUCACACACAUUUCCUUGUGUGCUCAACUAACUUAAAGAAUUUUUCUAAAGAAAAUAGAAUGAAACUAGCUGCUGAGAUCGAGUUUCUGCCUCAAGAGAUCUGGAACAAAAGGAGGGAUAAAUUGCUGGUAGAUCUAACACUUAGUUUCUUCCCUGCCAUGUUUCUUCCUCAGAAGGUGUUCUGAGCCAGAAAAAGAAACAGGGCUGUGUGCGUCUGCUUCAGCCCAGCUGUGCCGGCAUCAUGAGGGAAGCACUGGAGCUAGAGCCACACACAGGGCCACGCAGGAGGUGCAGAGCGCACAUCAGUUCCUGUUACAGCUGCCUUUACUUCCUCCCUAACUAGCCAAUGGCGUGAUGCUUGAGAAAUCAAGCUCCUAAUGUGAUACACUCAGAUAGACCUAGGAAUCUUUUGAUUUCCCCAUUGAGACACUUUAUCACUCUCACUUCUCUUUCCUGUAGUUAGAUCAGGAGUCAUGUUCCCCAUGGCUGCUACCUUAUAAUUGUUCUUCGGUCGAAGGAAGCAAAAUAUUUAGCUUCCGAACAGAGUAAGUUCUGUUCUAAAAGGCGGUCAAAGAGGAGGUGUCAUACUCUAGCUUGGCUGUGAGGCGACACGGGACAUGGACCAUGUAGUUUCAGAUGACAAGGUACUUUCCCCUUUGUCCUAGGCCACAUGUUUGAAUAAAGUGCCUCCCCUUAGCCUGCGUUCCUAAAGAUCUCUUGUGCUUAGAUUGCAAACUCAGAUCUCUAGUCUAGUCCUGUGUGACUACUGAUAUACCUACCACUAGCCCAGCUUGUUGGGUUUCUCUGUAUUUUGGAGGACUGGGGGUUUAAGAGUAUUUAAUGUCUUUUUAGGAUCACAAAUAUCAAUAGAUUAAGGACUGUCAAUAUUCAGGCCUUCAGAAUUUAAGUGUUUUAAAUAUAGUGUUCAGAUUGUAAUGGGUAUGUUUUUGCCAUCUGGUCUACUCAAAUGUAUAUUUUUAUUUUGCAAAACAACCCAAGACUUAAUCUGUGUUGCUUUGUUCAGGACCUUUUAAAUUCCCGAGAGUUGUUUUCAAAGCAAACAUUCCAAAAUGAAUGUGGCUCUUCAAUGGAAUGUCUCCAUUGUGCUUGAAGUAUUUCUUCUCUGGUUAUAAUUUUAAAUACAGUGUCACUCAAGCUUCCCAUUAUUUUUAGAAGAGCAGUGACUUUGUCCUCAGGUAGAAGAUUUGUAAUUUUGGGUGAAAGUAAAUUAAAAUUUAGCUUAGUUUAUUCCUAAAUCUUUCUAUUUGAUAUUCUGGAGUAGAUCAAACCAGGAGAAAGCAGGUCUUAAAAAGGAAGGUUUUGAAUGCUUUGGGUAUUGUGCUGGCUGCUCAUUUUGGCUACUUGAAGCAUGUGAAUGUCACUGGUUAAAACAGCUGGAGCAUGUCUUUCCCGUUCCAGGUCAGGAGCAGCAAGCAUGCUGAAAUCCAGCAUCUCUUACUUAACCUGUAAUAAUGGCCAGUGGGCUGAGAGAGAACAGAAGAGCUUGAGAGUAGCAGUGAGCUCAGCCCCUCUAGAUCUGUUCUCGUUGCCCUGAGUAAAUGGAGGGAUAUUUCCUCUUUUUUCCCCAAAGAAAGAAAGGUAAGGGGGAAAUUAUCUCUGUCUGUAGACGAUCAUAUUCUGUCAUUAAUUUAGCAUAGACCUGCUGUAUACUAGAGCAACUGAAUAGAAUAUGGAAUAAGUUUAACCAAGUUAAAUUUUAAAAUGUAGCUAAAGUUCUUAAAUUUUUUUCUAUUUUAUCUAAAACCUUUCUAUUAUUUCUGAAUCAGACUCUAUCUUGUUGUAGCAAAUUCAUAUCACUGUUUACCAGCUAAUUGACAGUAUUUAUCAACAUCACCGUUUAUCAUUUUAUUUUAUCAUCUUUGAAUUAUGAGAGACUUGAUAUGACUCAUUACAAAAAAGCAUAGGUUUAAACUGGGCUGAUCUUUAAGCAGGGGCAAAGAAAAUUGAAAAACAUGAAUGCUCUAUUUCACAAGAAAUCAGUUGCAUAUAAUCGGUUACAUAUUUAGGUAAAGAGAAGAAGAUUACUGUUAAACCACAUGGUAUUUGGGGGGGCAUUGAAGGAGUUUCUCUGUUUCUGAAGAGCAUUGUACAAUUAUAUUUUUAUGAAAAUAAAAUAUCUUCACCAGAGAGAUCUCAAUUUGUCUGUU